CAUUGUCGGCGCUCCUCAAUAAUUCUAAACGAAGUGAGGCCGUCAACACUUGCCAGGCACAAAUCCAUAUCGAUGGAACUGUCAACAGAUUUCAUGGGUUCUAAAUUGACGCUGGAUGAGGAGCUCUAUGACAUCAUUUAUGCAUUUCUUGAAGUUGACCGAGAACAUGCCGAUGAUGAGGAAGCAGCUGAUACAAGUGGUCGACCAUUGACUAGACAACAUUUACUUAACAAAAUAAGAGAAAAGAAGGAAGUAAUUAACAAACUUAGAUGUCAACCAUGGAAUAUGAAUCGAAAGAGGCGAACUCUCAGACUUGCACAAAAAUAUCUUGAACAAAAUGAAUCUAAAGUAUCCAAAACACAUUUGUACAAAGAGGAAUUAGUAAAACGCUGGAGACAAUUUCUUCGAUGGUUAGGCAACAUUUGGAUAUAUUUUGUUCCUUGGGAAUCUCGAAUAAAACGAAUAGAGAGCCAAUUUGGUUCAGUUGUUUCAAGUUACUUUACUUUUCUUCGUUGGGUCAUCUGCAUCAAUUUCACUAUAACUGUUGUGAUUAUUGCCUUCAUUGUUGUCCCUGAAUGUAUAGCUGAUGCGAUUGCUGACCCAGAACGUAAAAAUCGAACGGCUGGUCGUAAACAGAUCUCACCUGAAGAAUUACGACAUGCUAAUGAAUUGGCAGUUGUUUGGCACUUUGAUGUAAAUUUUUUUAAUUAAA